ACUCUUAGUUUGCUCACCCCGCAGAGGCGUGUGGAUUUACUACCAGAAAGCAGCCUUUAUUUCUGCCUGCUAAACAUUUUGAGGGAAAACAGACCAGGAAUCAUAACAUAUUCUGAAGAACCCACAGGUUUUUCUGCAGUUCUUCUCAUUUUAAUCUCUUUGAAGACACACAGGAAUAAUGGGUGCUCAGUUGUCUAAAGGUGAAGCUACGGUGGACGGAAGCGCCGUGGCUGAGAAAGCCAAUGGUCAGGAAAACGGCCAUGUAAAGACCAACGGUGAUGUUUCCAGCAAGCCUGAGGGAGAUGCCGUGGCAGCGGACGGCAACGGGACCGCGGAGGUUGCAAAGGAGACGGAGGCGGGAGAUGCUAUCGAAGCCGCGCCCGCCACUGAUGGAGACGCCGCCAAACCUGAAGGCGAAGCGGCCAAAGAAACUAAAAAGAAGAAGAGAUUCUCCCUGAAGAACUCCUUCAAAUUCAAGGGCAUUUCCCUGAAGAAAAACAAAAAACGUGAGGAGGUUGACGAGAACGCUGCCACGCCCGCUGCCGAAGAGAAAGCCGAAGACAAGCCCGAGGAGAACGGCCAGGCUGCCACAGAAACCAAAGAGGAGCCAGCUGAGGAUGCCGAGACCAAUGAGACGCCAGCACCCGAGGCAGAGGCGGAGCCAGAGGCAGAAGACCCCGCCCAGGAGGCGGAAGCUGCGCCCACAGAGGAAACCGCUAAAUCUGAGGAGCCCACAAAAUCUGAGGAGACCCCUGCCCCCGCCGAGACCACGCCCACCACUGCUUCAGACCCCGAGCCGGCCACGGAGUGACCUCACUUCUGAGUGGCAACCGGACUGUUUUUCUUUAUCGUUUUGUCUUUUUGAGAUUGAAAUAUAUAAAUAUAUAUAUAAAAUAUAUAUAAAUAUAUGAAACUUGAGCCACAGUGGUAAGGUUACAGCAAUACUACAGUGAAACAGAGUUCUUUAAACGCACCACAUUUGCUGAUAACUAGUUCAUGGCUUGUCUGGUUCUGUUCCUGACCCGUGUCGGAGAUGAGAGCUCUGUGGUGUCGCUCUGUAAGAACUGGGAUGGCAAUGUUCUGUGUAUGGAUUACAACAACCAAUGGACUUUCAGCAGAAAAGCAACGUUUGGAAGAGUGUGGCUGGCUCUUCACAGUUUUCAGUCUUUUUUCGUUUAAACGUCAUCUGAUUUUCAGGGCUGAUGAGUGAAAUUGAGACAAAUCGUCAUCUUAAGAUUUGGUGAAAGGACAAUGUGAAACCUCUAAAAGGGGUUUUGUCUUCUUUUCUUAAAUAGCUCUACAUUCCAAUUUUGUUAGCCCUGAAAACUGUCAGGAGUGGAUAGCUUUUAGUCUUUUAGUCGGUUUAUAAUGAUGUUUUUACAGUUUUAAUCGGUGCAGAGAGGUCGGUCGGAUACAUGUACACAUCUCAACGUUUACGACAAAGGGGAAUUAAACCACUGCUUUUUUCAAAUAUAUAUUUUUGUUCUGUUUUGUCUCUGUACAUACAUUUUCUGACUCUUUAUUUUGCUAACAUUUCCAGAUGUUAUUAAAAAGAUGUUGUAAGAUUAGGCCAAAUAAAUGUUUGACCCUC